UUUUUUUAUAUAGUUUUGUCUUUAAAGGAAGAGUUCACAUUUGCUUCUCUUUUGUUUCCAGUCCAGUACAACCCCCCUACUAUGAUGAAUGGGUACAGGGAAGACAAUUCAUGCUGCUAUUUCCAUCCUAAACAAGUAGUUAUUGGGGUUUGCCCUUUGUGCUUAAACGAGAGGCUUCUUGUCUUAGCUUCAAAGCAAGGCCAGCGCUCUUCAUCUUCAUCCUCUACCAGAGCUGGCCGGAGUAGAUUCCUUCAAGGUGUUUCACAAAAGAAACCCCACAUUUACCUCCCCAACAUCUUUGCUUUUGGUUCCCUUCUCAAUCGUCCUCAACCUCACCUCAACCAUUUGAAACCUCAAGAUUUCGAUGAUCAUGAUGCUUCUACCAGUCAGGAAGACUCAUUUAUCUCAAUCAAGUUCGAAGAGAAUGGGGUUGGUUCAUGGGAAAAAGGCAAAGUUUCAAAGGUAUCACUUGAGCAUUGCAGCAUGUCGUGGAAGGCCAGCUUGAGCAAUAAGAGUGUGAUAGAGCAUCCCAAACCAGGUGGGUCACUGAGGUGGCGAAAGCGGAUGGGUCAUUUGUUUCAGCUGGUAAGGUGGAAGAGGUCCAACAAGGCUGAGGGAGUUAAGGUUAUGAAGAAGAGCUGGAUAACAAGGACUCUCACAAAGAAGACUAAAGAAUAAGAGACUCCCUAGGUUUUUUUUUUUUUUUUUUGUAUAGAAAGGGACAGUAAGUAAAGUAAAAGCUAAGCUAAGGUUUCCUCCGCCAUUGCCCAUAUGUGUGUGUUGGGGCUAUCAUUUUGGCUUUCAAAAAGUUGAUUGGUUUCUUCUUCUUGUAUUCUAUUCCAAAACAGAACAAUAUUGUUACGAUGUGCCAUUCAUUUUAGAUUGGACCUAAGACAAGAGCACGUUUUUAAUGCAAAAACAAGUAUUUGUAUAUUUUAA